GUUUUUCUAUCACGUAUUCUCGUGGCUUUAACAUAACUAGUAACAGUCAAUAGCUAUGUCGUUUGUUCGUGUUAAAAGACGUCACAACGAAGAUCCGUUCAACUCAAUCGUCGUAUCGCACAAGAAAUUAAAAACUAUCGGUACAGAGUUCAGUAGAGAUUGUGUGUUUCAAUUUGCUGCAACUUUAAAAGACGAAAAUGAAAACUUAUCUCAAAUAUUGAAAGAGGUUCGAGAAGAAAGAUCCGUAAAAGAGCUAACAAAGAAGAACAAAAACAAAAAUAUUAAUGAUGUAGUUGAACAUUCUAAAGCAGAACGUUUGAAGCUAGUUAAUACUCUCAGAGCUGUUAAACAAGACACAGUACCCAUUGAAGAAAUAGAUGGAAAGAAUUCAGAAAUAAAAGUUGUUGAUUUUGUUAAGCAAGUAGAAGAUAAUGGCAAACCUCUAAUAGAUGAAGGAAUUUCAAUUGACUAUGUAUACGACUUGUAUUAUGCAUCCAAUAAUGAUAAUAAAUCAAUUGAUAUACAAGAUAUUGAUAGUGUACAUGGAUUAGAUUCAGACAAUUUUUACAAUAUUUGCCAAAAUAUUGAUAGCUCUGAUAAUGAUUCCUCACACUGUGAAGAUGAUGAUGAUUCCAAUGAUGAAGGGAAUUGGAGAAAUGAUUAUCCUGACGAAGAUGAAAUGGAUAACGAUGAAAAUGAUUAUUGUCAAAAUCUGGUUUCUAAAUCAAAACAAUGGAAUAUAAAUGAUGAUAGCAGUUCUGAUACCGAUGAAAAUAUUGAAGACUAUGAUUUACGUUUUGCAAGAUAUAAAGAACGUGUGAAAGCGGAAGAACAUUUUUUUUAUAAUAGUGUGGAUGAAAGUUCUGGUAGUACAAAUGAUUCAGAUGAUUAGAUUCUGUAAGAUAAAUAUUUAUAAUAGAUCAGUUGUGUUCACAAGAUUUAAUUUUAUCAAUUUUUAUUACAGUAGUAUAAUUUGUACUUUCAUAAUCUAAAUUUUAAAAAAAGAAUUAAAUAUUUAAUUUUUUUACUGUUUUAAAUUUGUAUAUAAUUGUAGUUAUUAAUUUCCCUGAAUUAAGUGUAAUAUUCAAAAUAAACAAACACAAUAUGGAACUGUGCCUAUUAAAUUAAAUGUUGACUCUCAAAUGUAAACCAACAUAUCGAUUAUAUUAUAUUAUUUUGAUCCACGUUGUGGAUUUUAGAUUAAUAAUUUAUAAUACAAUGGUAAAUAUUUAUUUUCUGACAUAUUA